CGCCUCCCCGAUGGGCGUCCUGUGGAGCAAGCCGGAGCCCCCGCCGCCAGUGGUGCUCGUGCCGCCGCUCUUCGACUACCCGCCCAUCGCCACCCGCACCAGGAUGUCGGUGCCGGCCUAUGAGCUCAUGUUCGGGAAGCUCCCGCUGCGCACUCUGUUUGAGGACUACUUCGAUAACGCGGGGACCGUAUCCUCGAGGAUCAUGCUCAAGCCACUGGAGGAUCCUCACGUCGAUCUGGUUGCCAACGUAUCUGCAGCUGGCGAUAAAGCUAGUGGAACAGAAGUAAAAGGGGACGCUCUGUUUCGCUGGCAGAAAGACUUAUACGAUCCCCACACCUUUGUGGACGUUCAUGUGUCGACUUCAGAACCCAUGCUGAAGCUGAGGUCAUGUGCUUACUUCCCUGAGUAUCGUCUUGGUGCAUUUGGGACAAUCCCUUUGCUAAUGGGAAACAACAGGUAA